UGAAAGGAAAGAAAAGAAAAAAAAAGUAAAUAGAAGUACGUGGGUCAGAGAGUGGCUCACAAAAAGAAGCACUGAUGGUGCAUAUGACAAAACAUUAAUGGAAUUCCGGGAAAUCGAAAACCAAAAGUUUUUGUUUAAAAAUUUUAUCCGGAUGGAUGACGAAACGUUUAUCGAAUUGUUGCAACUAGUGUCACCAUAUAUUAAAAAACAAGACACAAACAUGCGAAAGGCUAUUCCCGAACAAAUACGCUUAGCUGUGACACUUCGAUUUCUUGCAUCUGGUGACAGUUAUAAAAGUCUUUCGGUCUUCUUCCGUGUUGCCCCAAAUACCAUAUCACUUUUCGUACCAAUUGUUUGUGAUGCUAUUUAUAAAGCGUUAAAAGGUGCAUACAUAAAGGUAUGAAAAAUCUAAAUACACACAUAUUUAUGCUUUUUAAUUGACUUAUUAUUUCUUUUGAUAUGUAUGUAUAUACCAUCCACGCAGGAAGAAUGGAAUGUCGUUGCUUUCAAAUUUAACAAACUAUGGAACUUCCCGAACUGCAUAGGGGCGGUUGACGGCAAACAUGUGCAAAUUAUAGCACCACCUAAUUCAGGAAGCACCUUCUAUAACUAUAAAGGUACACAUAGUAUAGUGCUAAUGGCAGUUGUUGAUGCCGAAUACAACUUUUUAUACGUUGAUGUUGGCUGUAAUGGUCGUGUGUCGGAUGGUGGAGUCUUUGGAGACUGUACUUUUCAACGUGCUUUAAACAAUAAUGAGCUAAAUUUGCCACUUCCAAAACCAUUGCCAGGUCGUCAAGCAAAUGUUCCAUUUGUUUUGGUUGCGGAUGAUGCUUUCCGCAUGCAGAAACAUUUGCUGAAGCCAUAUCCUGGUAAAAGUUUAUCUGCAGGGCAGAGAAUAUUUAACUACAGGCUAUCGAGAGCACGACGUGUUGUAGAAAAUGCAUUUGGCAUAAUGGUCAAGCGAUUUCAAAUUUUUUCACGCCCUUCCAAGCUUAAUGCAGAGAAAACAACCUCUACAACUCUAGCUUGCUGUGCAUUACACAAUUUUUUGUUAAAAAAAAAUUUAAAUUAUACAACGUCGUUGCUUGUUGAUCGCUACGAUGAGGACGGUGCUUUAAUUCCUGGUACAUGGCGAAAUGACUUCCCACUAGAUGCUGUGAGUGGAACAGAAAAUGUUCCAAGUUCUUAUAUAACAAGUGAAGCAAAGGCUGUUCGGGAUGAAAUGGAAAAGUAUUUCAUGUCUCCUAUUGGAGAAUUGAGCUGGCAAUAUAAAAAUAUAUAAAUAAUUUUAUAUAUCAAAUAAAAUUUA